CCUCAGCCCCUCCCACGCUGCCUUCUUCUUCUUCUGCACGCCAGAAGGAGAUCCAACAGAAUCGCCCCCCAACCCUUCUUCCUCCUCCUACACAGCCGCCAUGGGAGCCCCAAAGUAGAAGAAGGAGCUGCUUCAAAAAAGAAGAUCUAAGGGCAGGGUGGUCAGAGCCAUACCAGGCAGUAACAUCAAGUAGGGAGUGUGUGGCAGCAUCCAAAAAAAGGAAAAAAAAUGCUUGAUCUCAAUGAGUUGCCUCCUGAUCUCAAUGAGCUUCCUCAUGAUACGGAUCAGCAGCAACCCAGCAUACAAUAAGGAAAAUGGACAGAAAAUGGUUGAUCUGUUUACUACACGCAGGCAAGUCAUGAUGGUAACCCUAUGGGCCAUGACAAUGUGGCAGGCCAGUCAUCAGACCGUGGUGCUCCUGUAGUGGUGUCUUUGCAGUCAGAGAGCCAUACUCUAGAUGACACGGGAACCGAGGCAAAUGUUCCUAAUCCAACCAGGACUGAGCUAGGAGCUGGGGCUGUUGACGGAGCUGUGCAAGGAGAAGAAGGAGAGGAUGAGGCUGGUUCUCAACCUAUGGAACCCUAUGUUGGCAUGAGGUUUGACAGCCUUCAAAUUGCUAAGGAUCACUACAACAGCUACGCACUACGGAUGGGUUUCUCUAUCAAGAUGAACACAUCUAGACGGACACCCCGCACCAAUGAAUUGAUAAAACAACAGUUUUGCUGCAACAAGUUCAAGAAGCCCAAAGCUGAUGAUGGAGGAGCUGAGGCUCCUCCUGUCCUGGACCCUAUUCCAGAUCCAAAAUCUGUUUACUGUGAUGAGGAGAUGGAAGAAGAACCUCCAAUAUUUGCUGAAGAGGAGGCUGUACUAGUAAGAAGAAGAAGAAGUGCAAACAUGAGACAAUAAAGCAGACUUAGUGCAAAGCGAAAAUGUUGGUGAAGCUGAUAGAUGGGCGAUGGGAGGUGACGCACUUUGUUCGUGACCACAAUCAUCCGCUCGUGAACAAACCUUCAUUGUCCAAAUACUUGAGAUCCCACCAAGGCAUCUCACCUGAUGAAAAGGAGUUUCUGCGCAUCUUGUAUAACUGCAACUUGACUACAGGACGUAUGAUGCAUGUAAUGGCAGAGUUCUAUGGAUCUGAGAUGAUGGUGCCAUUCGGACCAAAGGCAAUAACAAAUCUUUGUACAAGUUUCCGUAGAGAUGACACAAAGGAGGGUGAUCUGAUUGAGACAAUUGCGCACUUCAAGGAUAUACAAAAAACCGAUCCAGACUUCUUCUAUAAGGUGAAAUAUGAUGAAGAGGACAGAGUUGUCAACAUAUUUUGGGUGGAUGGCUUAGCUCGAAAAGCUUAUGCGGAGGCAUACCACGAUUGCAUAUCGUUUGACACCACCUACAUGACCAACAUGUACAAUAUGCCGUUCGCGCCCUUCAUAGGAAUAAACCGACAUGACCAAUCUUUCAUGCUGGGUUGCGCGUUUGUGAGGCAGGAGUUGGCAUCGAGCUUUGAUUGGGUCUUUGGAGCAUUCCUAGAGGCUAUGGAUGGCAAAUCUCCUGACAACUUCAUCACCGAUCAGGAUGGUGCAAUGAGGCAGUCAAUACAGAGCAUCUUUCCAACCACCGUGCACCGCUGUUGUCGAUGGCACAUCAUGAAAAAGGCUCAGGAAAAAGUUGGUUGGCUGCUGUGCCGGAAUCCAGGACUCUCUGAUGAUUUCAACAAGUGUGUUGACUUCAGCUUCACUAUAGACGAGUUUGAGCAGAAUUGGGCUGGGUUAAUGAUGAAGUACGAGGCUAUGACACACACGCACUUUGAGAAGUUGUACGAAUACAUGUCAACUUGGGUGCCGUGCUACUUCAAACACAGGUUCUUCCUGUUCCUACAGUCUACACAGCAUAGUGAGGGGUUCAACGCCGUCCUGAAAAGAUAUGUGAACCCACACAACUCAAUGCUGAACUUCGUCAAGCAAUAUGAAAAAAUCCAGAACCACAUCCUUACCAAGGAAGGCUGCAAUGAUUACAGGACAGAACACCUUGAGAUUGAGCUGUGGUCCAACUUCCCAAUAGAGAAGCAAGCUUACAAAACCUAUACUAGGGACCUUUACCGCAUGUUCAGAGAAGAGUUUGAGCUGAUUGGACGUUAUAAUGCAUUCCAAGUUGGUGCUGAUAUAUUUGAGCUCAUACCGAGCCAGGAAUUUGUUGCCAAAUAUGGUUCUCGAAACUACUUGGUGCAUGCAAGGGUGGAGGAGGGUUCCUAUUUGUGUGAGUGUUGUAGAAUGGACAAGGACGGCAUCCUCUGUUGCCACAUCCUCAAGGUGUUCACCCAUAUUGGAGUUGAUGUCAUACCGGAAAGGUACCUGCUAAGACGGUGGACACCUACUGCUGUACCUAGUGCGCCAGGGACUGGUUAUGAGCAACCGGAUGAAAUGCCUCCUCAAUCAAAGAAGCAGAUAAGGGAGAGGAACAUGAUAUACGAUUUUCGGAAACUAGCAAAGUUUGCGAGUGGUUCUGAUCCAGCACAAGCUAUUGUAUACAAGCAUAUGUGCGCAGCACGUACCGAGAUCGGCCACCUGAACAAGUCCAAGAAAAAGAAAAAACCAACUACUGCCACGGGGCCAUCAGAUGAUGGCAACCCUCGAGGACCUCCUCCACCUCCAGGCAGCAAUCAGGGGGCUCAUUAUCUAGGUAAUUACCUGCCCCAACUCCUGACCUAA